AUGUCCGCGAACAUCAGCAGCAGCACAGGUAGCAGCACCCCGGCUCUGUUCCAGCCCAUCCACCUCGGCCGCCUCGAGCUCGCGCACCGUGUUGUGAUGGCCCCGCUCACGCGGUUCCGCGCCGACAGUGCGCACGUCCCACUGCCUGGCCUCGUCGCAGAGUACUACGCCCAGCGCGCAAGCGUCCCUGGCACCCUACUCAUCUCCGAGGCCACAUUCAUCGCGCCCCGUGCCGGCGGCUACGCGUACGCACCGGGUAUCUGGAGUCAGGAGCAGAUCCGCGCUUGGCAAGAGGUUACCGACGCGGUGCACAAGAAAGGGUCGUUCAUCUACCUCCAGCUGUGGGCGCUUGGCCGUGCAGCGGUACCGCGCCAGCUCGAGAAGGAGCUCAACGUGCGCGCCGACCCGUCCUCAGCUUCCUCUCCAUACGUCUCCGCUUCCGCCAUUCCACUGUCCACGCGCUCGCCCAAGGACCCCGCCCCACGUGCGCUGAGUGUGGCUGAAAUCGCGGAGUAUGUCGAGCUGUACGCGCAGGCAGCUGAGAACGCGGUGGAGAAGGCGGGUUUCGACGGUGUGGAGAUACAUGGUGCGAAUGGGUACCUGAUCGACCAGUUCUUGCAGGAUGUGAGCAAUAAACGGACGGACGCGUAUGGAGGGAGUAUCGAGAAUCGUUCGAGGUUCGCGUUGGAGGUGCUGGAUGCUGUCGUGAAGCGCGUCGGGGCGAACAGAACUGGACUGAGGCUCAGCCCAUGGAGUCCUCAUCAAGACAUGGGCAUGAAAGACCCCAUCCCCACAUACACUUACCUCCUCAACCAGAUUAUCCAGCGUCACCCUGACCUCGCCUACAUCCACACCAUCGAGAGGCGGAUAAACCCCUUCAAACCAGGCGAAGCCGUCGCGUCCUCCGACGAGUUUGCGGUCGAGGGCACAGACAACGACUUCAUGCGGCGGCUGUGGUCAUCCGAGGGCAAGCGGCUCAUCACCGCAGGAGGGUACACCCGCGAGACAGGCAUCAGGGUUGCAGAGCGCAAGGGGGAUCUGAUUGCCUACGGACGGCUGUUCAUUUCGAAUCCUGACCUGCCGUACCGGCUGAAGAAGGGUUUGCCGGUGGAGAAAGGCGACCGGGGCACGUAUUAUUCGAAGGGCAAACUCGACCCAAAGGGAUACACCGACUACGCGUUCUCAGAACAGUUCGAGAGGGAGACACCCCCUGUUAACGUCCGCAGUAGACUUUAA